AAAAAUAAAAAUUGUAAACAAAAAUUAAUUAACUUUUUUUUGAUAAAAAAAAAAUGUCUGUGAUUAAUAAUAAUGAUCAAUCGAUUAAUAAAGAAUCGAAUGAAAAAUCCUAUAAAUCUCUUUAUUGUUUAAUAAAUGAUCAAUCUUUUCAUGCUGAAUGUGAAUUAUUGAAACGAAUGUCACCGAAAAUCGGUAUUCGUUUAAGAAAUUCUGAAUAUUCACGUUCGAUUGAACAAUUUUGUCGUUGGAUUGAUAAACUUUGUUCGAAAAUCAAACAUUUUCCCAAUGAUUAUAAUCAAAUUACCGUCAAUAAAUUGGAACAAUUUGGUUUUUGUUUAUAUAAAAUUUCGAUUAUAUCGAUGAAAGUUUUCAGACUUUCGAAAAUAUGGAUCGAAUUAGGACAAUUGAUUAAUCAUUUUCUUAUGAUCAUUGGUUUAGCUUCACGAAUAUGUAUUUUUAUCAAAGCAAUGAUGGUCUAUACAUAUGAUAUCUAUAAUCAUCAUCUACAUGAUGAUGAUAAUGAUAAAUUGAAAAAUUUUUUUAAUAAAAUGGGCAUACAGGCAAUAUCGACAAAAAUGAUUGAUUCGGGAAGAAAACUGAGUAUCGUUGAAAACAAUAAUGAUCUUGGAGUUCCAAUCGAUAGAAAACUUUUUCAAUCAUCAUCAAAAUUAACGACAACAACAUUACAAACAAAUCCAAUCAAAACAACAAAACAAAUGAAAAUGAAACAAAAUUUUAUUUCAGUUCAAAUUGAUGAUAAAGAAAAGAAGAAACAGCAGAAUUUUGGUCGGAAAAAACUACGAAAAAAAGUAUUAAGAAAACUUUCGAUGGCCAACAAAUUUACGGUGAUGAUUGAAUCAGCCCUUUGAAAGAAUGUAAACCAUCAUUUAU